UAUAAAAGUUGCAUAACUCCCAGUGCCUUCCUAAUUAUUGGAAGGAAAGAGCAUUCCAUACGACCGCAGAAGUGCAUCUAAAAGCACCGCGGAAUGCGGUGACCACCUUCUUUGUUCGACGGCAAAGCCGCCGCCGCUGCGCAGAUGAUGACCAGAGUUUCAAUUUACACCCAAAUUCGCCGAUUUGUCCCCUACACCCUCUCUGUUUAGAUCAUCUCUGCCGCUGCUAUUCUGGCCGACGAAGAAUGCGAUCGCGGCUUCUACAAAACACACCGCGGAGUCUGCUGCAGACUCUGCCGCCCAGGGACAUUCAACAAUGUCGACUGCAUCGCCGAUGGCAUGGACUCCUUGUGUGAGCUAUGCCCUGAGGGCACCUUCAGCAACCGAGAGCACCAGGAGAAGACGUGCAUGCCGUGCGGGGCUUGCGGACCAGAUGAGGAGGUGGCUCACGCCUGCUCCUUGGCCCAGGACACCGUGUGCCAGUGCAAGGAGGGGUUCAAGAGAGACCCUGGCUCGCAGCUCUGUGUUCAUGAAGGGCCCAGCCAAGCAACCAUCGUGUUGGGAUGCAUCGCUGCACUCUCACUGAUCGCUACAACUGCCAUCCUCAUCGUUUAUAGACGGAGACAGAAGCUCUCUCGCGCCGGGUACGAAGAGGCGGCACCGCUCCUUGUCGUCGAAAAGCACGGGACCCAGGCAGACGGUGACAUUGCUGAUGAAACGGUAAGGGGGGUGAUGCAGGAAUACGCAGAGGAGCUAAAGGAAUGGGUCGGUGAGAACCCGACCCCUCUCCUGGAGCAUCUGAUCAACAACUGCACAAUCACACGGAAAGUUUACAGCACGGCCGAAAGCAAGGGUGGAGAGGACUGCGUGGAGUUUCUACUUCACCACUUCCUCAACCAGGGAGGGAAGGAGUACUUCAGGCUCUGGAACGCUCUCUACGCCGUUAGAAAAAACUACCUGCAGCUGUGGAAGAUGUUCAACGAAAAGGGGGAAGCAGUGUUGGCUGUUACAAAAGCCAAGCCACAGCUGAAGGCUUGGAUCGGCGUGAACCCACGACACCUUCUGCUGCAGCUCAUCAACCAGUCUAUGAUUCCAGGCGACAUCAUAGCCAAAACGAAAUCGGCAAACAGCGACGAGGACCAUGCCGAGAUCUUGCUCGACUUCUUCAUCAGACGGGGCAACGACGACUGCGAUAAGCUGCUGUUUGCAUUGCACAUCGUGAAGAACAAGUACCCCGACGUCAAGAAGUGGCUGAGCUCCCUCAGGUUCCUCAAGAUGCUCUUGACCAAGGCCCCUUUGUUUUUGGAUCAGUACAAGGACAAAGGGUUAUAUGGCCAUAUUCGCUUCAACAAGAAAGACAUAUCCGAAGCUAUACAAGAUGAUCUGGAACCCCUGCUCACCUGCCUGGAAAAAAGAAACUACUUCAGCAAAACCAUCGCACAGGACCUGAGAGCAAUGGAGAACAAACACGGACGGGACGUGGCGGCAAAGCACGUGUUAGAGCUCACGUUGGGGAAGAGCCGGGUAAAGCCCAGGCUGUUCUUGGAGGUUCUUUGGGGACUUCGAGAUCAACACCCCAAGUUUAACUCCAUCUUUCGUAACAUGUGAGCUUUGUUAAGCCAGAUUCACAUUUCAGAUCUUUUUUUCAAUCUAAUUUUGUUUUGCCUUUUGUACCAGCUCACUGUGAUCCUAAGCAAUUUGAGGCUGUAAUUUAAUCGGCGUUUGUUAAAUGAUUUCCUUUAGCAAUAUACACAUUAAGAUGGUCCUUUAGCAUUUACACGUUUAAAUGGUUCUUUAGUACAUAUACGUCAAGGUGGCACGUUAGUGUAUACGUUAAGAUGGCACUUUAGUAUAUAAGUUAAGAUGGUCCUUUAGCACAUAUGUUAAGAAGCAUCGGGAAGUGCAAUAAAGAGUCCCACAUUGUUAAAAAAAAAAUAGUUUUACCUUUUGCACCAGCUCACUGUGAUCCUCUGCAAUUCAAGGUCGUAAUUUUAUUGCCGCUUGUUAAGUGAUUUCCUUUAGCAUAUACACGUUAAGAUGGCCCUUAAGCACACAUGCUAAGACGCAUCCAGGAAGUGCAAAUGAGAGUCCCACAUCGUCAAUUCCCUCCUCUGUCCCUUCCCACCCCUGCCCGCUCCUCUCGCCCCUUGCUUGGCCAUGUAAUUUAACAAAUAAGGCUUGCAUUUUUAAAAAAGACAUCGCCUCCAUUAAGAACUCCUCCCAGCUCUUCUCUGCUGAAGUGACCCUCAAUUUCAGAAAUCUGAAUAUUUAUUCAUACUGGAGGAGAAACCCCCUGAGCCAUCAAGCUAUUUUUCACAAACGUCCAGUAGGGGCACGGGGUCAGAACCACUGGCGGAGCCAGUGGGGGGGAGGGGGGGGGGUUUGGGUGGCAUGUGCCCCCCCAAUGAUCCGAUCAAAAUCCCCAAUUUCGAUCGGAUCAUUGGGGUUUAUUAGUAAUAAAUCGGCAUUUUGCGACCCCCACUGCCACUGUGUAGCAUAUUAUUGUGCCAGGGCCUCUAUGAGAUGAUAGGACAAUAGUCUGAGUCCAUCAUUGGCGAUAAGUAACGGCAAAGCGGUUAUAAGUGACUCGCAGAAUUGUGCGCAGUUGCGUAUACAGAACACGACUUCCCUGAAGGCAAACACCUUCAGCGAGCAUGAUGCCGAUCACACACGGUUCAAAAUCGACCCUCGAUCGAUGGCUGUGCCAUCGCCGCACACGCGUUGAAUAAAAAGCAAGGGACAAGUCCUUACUAUCUAACAACUCCUAUCAUUUUUCAUUGCUGGAGGGGUUGCCCCCCCUACCUGAAAAUCCUGGCUCCGCCAUUGCGUGGAGCUAAUAAGAGUGCCGUUGAGCGCAAAUCAAAUAUUCUUGGUUCUUUCGGUAAAGUCACGUGGAUAGAAAAGAAAAAGAAAAUUUAAUUAAAUAAAAAUGAUGGCAAAUUUUUUGUAUUUCAUGAUUUAUUUAUUUUUUUCUACGUGGCUUUACCGAAAGAACCAAAGGAUAUGAAUUCCUGCAGUCACGAAAGUCUUAAGCGCAAAUCAAGGCCGAGGUUGAUUUCUUCGUGCUGAAUCCUGGGAGUGCGCCACUACCGUUGGGUCCUGAUAGGGGGCGGGGGUAUCCCCUUUGGCUGUACGCGACCUCGGGAGCAAAUUUGCACACCCCUGGGCUUCUGCUGCUUUGCCCCGUCACCCAGGAGAGGAGUGUGUGUAAGGGUUGCUCGGAACGGUCGUCGCGUCGUUCCGUAUCCGUUUUGUUGCUGCGGUGUUCUGUGAUUGUCGACACGCGGGUUUGGCUGAGUUAAGCUGGUCAAAUACAAGCUUAUGUAAAAGUGUGCUAUUACUGUUGCCGAGCGUUUCGAAGAGUCGGUUGUACUUGUAUUCUUGGUUCUUUCAGAUAAAGUCACGCAGAUAGAAAAUCUAAAAUAAAAAAAUUAUUUUAAUGUUUAUUUUCUAUCUAUGUGACUUUACCGAAAGAACC